ACCAAGAAAUACCUUGUGUAAUAUUGGCGUGAACAUAACCUGCACAGUUAAAUAUUAUUUAUUCCAAUAUUGUUAUUGAUUGUUAUGAUUCGAAGAAUAUCCUAUAUUUGUUUAAAUAAAGUAUUAAUUAAACAAAAAUGUACGCUACGGAUGUCACAUAGAGUGUAUUGUUCUGGAUUGGGUUUAUGGAAAGAAGAUAUAUCUAUAGAUAUCAAACAUGCUAUUGAGUCUCAUUGGCGUACUAAAUUAUAUAAUCGCCCUUUCGACGAUCAUAAUACUAAAGACAAGUACUAUGUUUUGUCAAUGUUUCCAUAUCCUUCUGGACAGCUUCACAUGGGGCACGUUCGAGUAUAUACAAUAAGUGAUACAAUGGCUCGUUUUUAUAGGAUGAAUGGUAAAAAUGUUCUUCAUCCUAUUGGUUGGGAUGCUUUUGGCUUACCUGCAGAAAAUGCUGCAAUCGAACAUAAUGUUUCAGCAAAAUCAUGGACUGAAAGAAAUAUACAGAACAUGAAGAAACAACUGUAUCAGCUAAGUUGCUCUUUUGAUUGGGAUAGAGAAGUUACAACAUGUAGCUCUGACUAUUAUAAAUGGACACAAUAUUUAUUUUUAAUGCUUUUCAAAGAAGGACUAAUCUAUAGAAAAUAUGCAUUGGUCAACUGGGAUCCAGUUGAUAAUACAGUACUUGCAGAUGAGCAGGUAGAUGACAAUGGUUGCUCUUGGCGAUCCGGAGCAAAGGUAUUAAAAUAUUUUGAAUUAGUAAAUGCAUCCAAUAUUAAAUCUUUGACUGUAUGGACAAAACAUAUAGAAAAAAUAGAUGAAGCGACAUUUAUUGCAGUUACUCCAAAUUCCAUUUUCCACCAGAUGGAGAAAGGCAAUAAACUGAACAAUGGAUUUUAUAAACUACAUGUCAAGGCUAAGAAUCCAUUCACGGGCAAACUUUUGCCUAUAUACAUAACAGAUCAAGUUGAGUACCCACCAGAAUGUGACUGUCAUAUUGGUAUACCAAAUGAAUCCGAAGUAGAUGCUACAUUUUCUAAAACUGUAGGGCUUGAAUUUGAAAUAAAUAAUAUGAAAACUGGAGAGGAAUAUGCUCAAAUUAAAGAGGAUAGGUUAAGAAAAGCAUUGGAAAUGAAAAUUGGUGGAUAUGAAACAAGUUCUAAGUUGAAGGAUUGGUUGAUAUCUCGUCAAAGGUAUUGGGGUACUCCAAUUCCUAUUGUUCAUUGUGAUAAGUGUGGUUUAGUACCUGUACCUGAGAAGGAUUUACCUGUAGAAUUACCUAAAAUUAGUGGUGCAUUAGACAAAACUUCAUCUCCACUGAAAGAUAAUACAGAAUGGCAUAAAACUAGUUGCCCGGUAUGUUUAGGUGCUGCUGUAAGAGAAACCGACACCAUGGAUACAUUUGUGGAUUCAGCAUGGUAUUAUUUGAGGUAUAUUGAUAAUAAAAAUCCAAAUGAGCCAUUUGAUGCAUCAAAAGCGAAACAAAUUAAUCCUGUUGAUUUAUACAUUGGUGGAAAAGAACAUGCUGUAUUGCAUUUGUAUUAUGCACGAUUUAUGAGUUAUUUCUUAUAUUCUAUGGGUCUGUUGAGUCAUCCUGAACCAUUCAAACGAUUAUUAGUUCAAGGAAUGGUUAUGGGACAAUCAUUCAGGGUAAAGAGCUCUGGCCAGUAUGUCACAGAGGAUCAGGUUGACAUUAUUGAUAAGAAAAAAGGCAAAGCAGUUUUAAAAAAUUCUGAUGAACCUGUAAUCAUGACUUGGGAAAAGAUGUCUAAAUCUAAAAAAAAUGGUGUUGAUCCACAGGCUAUGUUUAAUGAUUAUGGGACUGAUACAACAAGGUUAUUAAUUUUAGCGGAUGUUGCACCUACAUCAUUUAGACAUUGGACUACAGCUACAUUUCCUGGUAUCCUAAACUGGCAAAGACGGUUAUGGUUGACAUUGCGAGAUUUUAUCAAUCAUCGAUCAAAUUACAAAGAAGUAGAUUUUAUGGACCCUGAUUUUAUAGAGCAUGAAACUAAAUUGUUUGACUCUAGAAAUUUUUACGCAUCAGGGGCUACUUUUAAUUAUAUUUCUUCUCACCAACUGAGUGUAGCAAUAUCUAAAAUGCAAGGGUUGACAAAUUCACUAAGAAGGGCUAUACCACCAGUUAUUGCUCAAGGACUGCAGUAUGAAAGAGCUUUAGGAUGUCAAAUUUUACUUUUAGCACCGAUGGCUCCACAUUUUGCAUCUGAAUUAUGGUCAGGAUUUACAAAUGUUCCACGAUUAGAGCUGACUCAACGAAAUUAUGGUUCUAAGAAUUUGUUCUUAUUACAUAUGCAACAAAAUGAAUUCGAUUACAACAAAAGUGUGUUUGAGCAACGUUGGCCUGAUGUAGAUCUCCACUAUAAUCUCGAUUUAGCGAUAAAGUUUAAUGGAGAGGACCACAGUGUAAUAAAAAUUCCAAGAUUUAAGUUAGAUGUUUUAGGUGAAGAUGUAGCCUUAGAAUUAGCAAAAAAUGAAAAAUCUGUUAGUGAAAUGUUAGAUACUCUAGGGCUUCGUAAAUAUACAUAUCAUGUGCAUAAGGGAUAUGAGGCUGAAUUGAACUUGAUAACAAAGUUUAUACCGAAAAAGAAAAAAAAGUCGAAGAAACAAGUAAUUUGAUAGUUUAGUUGUAAUUUUAAGCUAAAUAUUUAUAAACAUUGCAAUAGACAUUCUUAAAUAUCAUAAUAAAAAUAAGCUUGUA